AGUUCAUAUUUUAUUAUGGGACAUUUCUAUCAAGCAGUCUACCUAGUUCGAAAUGGGCGAUAACGCAUAAUGAUAAUAAAAUGCUAGGCUAGGUUUCGCGACGUGGAAAAGGGACUAACCUAAGGAGGUUGUGGGUUCAGUCGCCGGCAUAUGAUGUCGAUCAUCUCCAGCAGACGGUUCCACAUCUCGAGAUGGCCCUUGAAAUGCCCCAGAGCUGAGCCAAUCGGCUGACUUGGUACUGAGCUGUUCAACAACGGGGUAUCGCCAAGAACACUUCCGAAUCCUCGUAUUCUCUGCCUUCGUAUUGACCAUAUUGCAAAUAGGCUACUACACAUGCAGAUGAUGUCAGGUCGGGUUUCUCCUUUACAGAGCCCCAAAGACUUACAGUCUUGACAGAGAAUGCUAUAAAAGGCUCCGAGUAUCUCUUUCAUUUCGAUACUACUUUUGGACACAUCUAACUAUUUCACCAAACCUUUAUAUCACUCUUUACAUCACUCUACUUAAUACAUAACCGCCCAUAAUGUUCUUCAAGAACCUCGCCCUCGCAGUCCCCUUCUUCGCCGGGGCUUCAACUGCUAUGCCGCAAACAGCCCCGGGAGCACCACUUUCACCUGGCGCCACGUUCUCGUUAAUGGCUCUCCGGUCUGCUAGUGAGGUCCAUUUUGCCGGUUUCGAAGCGGCCAAGGGGAGUCUCUUGUUGAAGCUUCCCAGCCAGAACGCUUCUUGCGAUGCUGGCCCUGCCGACCACGCCACGUUCUUCCUUAAAGAUGGCGGUCUCUACCUCUACGCUGCCUCCGCAACGCCGCAGCAGCUUUACGCCGAUCGUUCUGGAAUGGGCCAGGGCAAGCUCGGAUAUACAACUGGCGCUCAGCCGGCCCCUAGAAACGGCGAGAGGACUUCCUUCGCGCUCGAUGAAGCAAACGACUUGACGCUUAACGGAGCAGGAUUCAUCGCUUGCCCCAAUAGCAUCGAUGGUGCUUGGAGUGUGUGGGUUUCUGCGGGCGUCGACCAGCCUGCUGGAAACGAGGGGUGCCUCGGAAUCUCGGCACGUGCCGUAGAGGUUUCUAACCCUAACGGUUGCCUAUAUACAGAGUAAUUAGUUGGGCCGGCGGAAUCUAUCAGACUGUAUUUAUGUAAAUCGAAUCUAACUACCUAGGUUAGAUACAUACUUAAUUAUCUAAGCACCUAAUUAUUCUUAAAUCUGUCAGCAAGUUCAAGGCAUCUCGAUAUAUGAUUUGUAGUUGAAUCGCAUUUAUAU